AUGGUUCGCCUGAUCUACUUGGCUGUUACUUUAUUCAUUACCGCGACAUUUGCUAAAGAUUGUGGAGAUGAAGGUUCAGAGCCCAAAACUUGCAUAAAUGAGACAUGUGAGUACUGUGAAACGUACGGUACUGACUGUGUUUGCGCAUAUGUGCGACCACAGUUUUGCGGUGACGACCAGAAUUGCGAAUUGAUACAAAAGUGUAUUCCUCGAGAUCAGACAUGCACAGAUAAUUCAUGCCCAAAUGGCCAAAGAUGUCAGCUGGAUGAAGUCGUUUGCGUGAGGGCUCCUUGCUGGCCGGUGAGAUCCUGCGUACCGUAA